AUAAAAAAAAAAACCCAACACCUUUACUUCAUAAUCUCUUUUCUUCUCUCUCAAGAAACCCGAUAUUCUGUCUCUCAAAUCAAAAUCAAGAUCACGUUCGAUCUCCUUUUCUAGGGUUCAUGACCUUCUUCUCCACGUCUAAUUACCAGGAAAUUGGAAAUCCGAAGAAGUGAAAAUCCGUUUGGUGAGGAUUGCUAUUUGGAUUUGAUUGAUGGUGAUGUGAAAUUAGGGUAUUGGAAAUGAUUGGAUCGGGAAUUUCGCUUGUACGUGUGCUUACAAGCUCUAAUGAUGAUUAUAGUGGAUCUUUUAUUGCCUGGUUAAUUACUGCUGCUUUAGGUUUUGUAACUAUUGUUUAUGGCUUAAUUAAAUGGCAUAAAAGAGCAUCUCAGAAAUGGGUUAAAGCUGCCGCUAAAGCGAAGAAGCAAGUUUGGAAAAAGUUAAAUGUUCCACGGUCUAGUCAUUUGUGGAUUGAAGAUUUAGCUUAUGGUCAAAAACAGCCGUCUACAUGUUGUGUUUGUUUGACUUCAUUGGUUUUACCUUAUAAUGGCGAUAAUGCCUUGUUGUGUAGUGAUUUUGUGCACUGUUGUGUUGUUUGCGGUGCGGCAGCUCAUUUUCAUUGUUCAGAGUUUGCAGUAAAGGACUGUAAGUGUGUUGCGCAAGCAGGGUCUUGUCAUGUGCGGCAUCAUUGGUCGGAGAGAUGGUUUAAUAUGGAUGAGAUUCCUGAGAUGAAUGCCUUUUGUUCUUAUUGUGAUGAACCGUGUGGCGUUCCUUUUAUUGAUGCUUCUCCGACUUGGCAUUGUUUGUGGUGUCAGAGGCUCAUUCAUGUGAAAUGUCAUGCUAAAUUGUCUAAGGAAUCUGGUGCUGUUUGUGAUUUGGGUCCACUCAGGAGGUCUAUUCUUUCACCGCUCUGUGUGAAGGAAGUUGAUGGAGGAAACAGCUUAAGUUUGAUCAAGGGGGAAAUUAUAGCCUCUAAUGUUCGUAGGCAGAUGAGAAGCAAGCAAAGCAGAGGCAAACAAGGAAACAUUCGCUCUGUUAAUGGUAAGUUGCAGGAUGCAACAACUGCCAAUAGAAGCCUGGAUUUUGUGUUGAAUGGUCUUGCUGGAUUGAGGAGAUGCAGGAGUGAGACUAAUAUCCACUGCUUAAAGAAGAAUGGCAGGAUUAAGGGCGCACUUAAUGGGCUAAUGCAUAAUAAAGGUGGAACUGCUAUCUGUCAACAAGUUAAGAAAUAUGCUUUGGUUGAUUUGGCUCAAGAUGCAAGGCCCCUUUUGGUUUUUAUUAAUUCCAAGAGUGGAGGUCAACUUGGGCCUUAUCUUCGAAGGACACUAAACAUGCUGUUGAAUCCUGUUCAGGUAUUUGAACUAAGUGGUUCCCAGGGGCCUGAUAUUGGUUUGGAGUUAUUUAGCAAGGUACGGUAUUUUAGAGUUUUGGUCUGUGGUGGAGAUGGAACUGUUUCAUGGGUCCUUGAUGCUAUCGAGAGGCACAACUUUGAGUCUCCACCACCCGUUGCUAUUCUUCCCCUUGGCACAGGAAAUGAUUUGUCAAGGGUUUUGCAAUGGGGAAGAGGCUUCUCAAUGUUUGAUGGACUAGGGGGCUUAAGCACACUUUUGCAAGAUAUUGACCAUGCUGCAGUUACAAUGCUAGAUCGCUGGAAAGUAAAUAUCAGAGAAGAGAAUUCUGAAGGGUAUAUGGAAAAAGAGCAAUCCAAAUUCAUGAUGAAUUAUUUAGGUAUUGGAUGUGAUGCUAAGCUUGCAUAUGAAUUCCAUGUAACACGUCAGGAAAAUCCUGAGAAGUUUAGUAGCCAGUUUGUGAAUAAACUGCGAUAUGCCAGAGAAGGUGCCAGGGAUAUGAUGGACAGAGCUUGUGCUGACUUACCAUGGCAGGUUUGGCUUGAAGUUGAUGGGAAAGACAUACAAAUUCCAAAGGAUUGUGAGGGUUUAAUUGUGCUGAACAUUGGCAGCUAUAUGGGGGGUGUAGAUCUUUGGCAAAAUGACUAUGAGCAUGAUGAUGAUUUCAGUCUUCAAUCCAUGCAAGAUAAAAUGCUUGAAGUUGUAAGUGUCCGUGGAGCAUGGCACCUCGGAAAACUUCAGGUUGGACUUUCACAAGCUAUGAGGCUAGCACAAGGGAAGGUAGUCAGGAUACAUGCUUCAAGCUCUUUCCCAGUUCAGAUAGAUGGGGAACCAUUCAUCCAUCAACCUGGUUGCUUAGAAAUAAUACAUGAUGGACAGGUGUUCAUGUUGAGGAGAGCCUCGGAGGAGCCCAGAGGCCAUGCAGCUGCAAUAAUGACAGAGGUCUUGGCAGAUGCUGAGUGCAAAGGAAUUAUCAAUGCAUCUCAGAAGAAAUUACUUCUCCAGCAAUUGGCCCUCAAUCUCUCCUCCUAGAUUCCAAUUUCUAAACCCCUCCCUCCUCCCUCUUUUUGCUUCUUAAUUUCUCACAUUUUGUCCCACUAACACAUUGCCUGUCCUCCUCCUCCUCUUGAACCCACUCUCUUUAACCACGGAGGGAUUCCACUUUCACAUCCUUCUUUAUUUCCUUGUUUCUUUUUUGAUUUGUUGACCACAGCGGGAUUUCCUCUUUACCACAUUUUUUUUUUUUUUUAGUAGAGGCUUUAGUGAAACCCAAAGGUGAGAUUGACAGCCCCACGAAAUGCAAACCAGCUGACAACGGAGCAUUGUAAAUGGAAGCUAUGAGAGAUUAAUGACCGUUUUGUUCCUAUUAUGAUAAUGCACUCCUUACAUGUUAAAAACAGAAAUGAAACAAGAGAGAAACGUCUGUCUGUACACUUUGAGUUUUUCCCAUUUGAUUACCAAAAUCUCUUUUUGCUGCUUCA